AAUUGAGAGGUUACUGUGUAUGAAGUCGAAAUAUGUUAUUUGGAACUUUACAUACAUAGAAGUUAAUUUAUUUAACUGUUAAACUUUUGACGCGAUUAUUAAUAGAGAAUAUGCGGGACUUAAGCGCAAGAAAACUAGAGACGUUAGGUGAUGUUUACAAAGCAAUUGAUAAUGAAGAAAAGGAGUUUAGUAUGGAUCCUUUGUUUUGGUUAAAAAAAAGAAUAGUCGCGAUUCAAGAUUAUGACCAACAUCAGCAUUUCUGCCGGGAAUUAUUUCUGCUGGGGAGUUCUACUCCUCGCGUCGCAGAAUAUUUUAAUUUCUACAAUCUUGAAAUCAUCCACGCAAUCUUGCAUUCUGGUUUUCAGUACGAAUAUAAAAAGUUUUUGAAAUGGUUCUGUAGAACGGGAACUAUUCGGGAACUCCUUUUUGAAUUUUUGUACUCUUCUGAGGAUCUUUUAUAUAAAUACGAAGAGUUACAAGAGCCACAAUUUUUCCAAGUCGCUAAAUAAUCCAUACGAGUGGACAACCCAGAGAACAUCUAAAAUUAAUUGGCGGAGAUAUCCUUGCUUGGACGGCCAAAUUUCGGUCUUAUAUACUAGCGGUACCUCGACACGAGCAGAGCGAAUCGGAGGUAGAGCUUAAGAAGAUGUGGUGUAAUUGGAUGGACCGGAUUGUUGAGCUGCUAGCGGCCUCCCAACUUCUUCUAAGCAACUUCUCUGGGACAAAACAAAAUGAAUCCGAAAAUUCAGUAAUUUCUCAUGAAAGAGCAGUGCUGAUUGGUUUUAUUCUUGACUUUGUUCCCCAAAUGCUCUGCGAAGAUUUUCAAAACUGUCCAACUGGAUUUUAUUCUGCUAAACUUACUCAAUUUCUUGGAGAUUUGGGGUUGGAGCGUUCCUUUUUAUUUUCUUAUAACUCUAUUCUCCACGACGACUCGUUUGCUCCUGUUUAUUUUUAUUC